CUACCAGAAUCUCUCAGUAUCAUCGAGAUGGGCGGACAAGAAGGGUCAGAGAGUGAAUCUCGCACUUUGGGUGCACUGUAUCUGAACAUUGGUUUACAGAAUGGUGUGCUCUUAAGAACUGUGUUAGAUUCUGUCACUGGUGAUAUGUCUGAUACACGGACACGAUACUUGGGUUCCAGACCCGUCAAGCUUUUCAGGAUUAUUAUGCAAGGAAGUGAAGCUGUUCUUGCUAUGUCUUCUCGUUCCUGGCUGUCUUACUAUUAUCAGAACAGAUUUCAUUUGACACCACUGUCAUAUGAAAGUCUAGAGUAUGCUGCAGGGUUCUCCUCAGAGCAGUGCCCUGAAGGUAUUGUAGCAAUUUCCACCAACACGCUGCGUAUUUUGGCUCUGGAAAAACUGGGAGCUGUCUUUAAUCAGGUAUCCCAUCCACUUGAGUAUACGCCACGCAAAUUUGUCAUCCAUCAAGAGAGUGGUCAUUUGGUGGUUAUUGAGACUGAUCAUAAUGCCUACACAGAGGAUACCAAAAGACAGAGAAAGCUUCAGAUGGCAGAGGAAUUGAAAGAAGCAGCAGGAGAAGAAGAAGCAGAAGUGGCUGAACGCAUGGCAGAAGCACUUCUUUCAGAAGACUUGCCAGAUGCAGUAUUUGGUGCACCAAAAGCUGGGCCAGGGAUGUGGGCAUCUCUCAUUCGUAUUAUAGAACCUAUUCAAGGAAACACCCUUUUUACAAUGAGAUUGGAUCAAAAUGAAGCAGCUUUCAGUAUUGCCCUGGUAAAGUUUGCAAAUCAGAGUGAUAUGGACCAGCAGUUCUUGUUGGUUGGAACAGUGAAGGACUACCAGUUAAGCCCACGUCAAGUUGACUGUGGAUAUAUAUACACUUACAGAAUUGUUGGUGAUUGUACCAGUCUAGAGCUAGUUCAUCGAACAGAAGUUGAAGACAUUCCAACAGCUUUAUGCCCAUACAAUGGCAGAGUAUUAGUAGGAGUUGGAAGGUUGCUUAGAAUAUAUGACUUAGGGAAGAAAAAACUGCUUAGAAAGUGUGAAAAUAAGCAUGUUCCAAACCUGAUUGUGGAUAUCAAAGCACGUGGACAGCGAGUUUUUGUUAGUGAUGUUCAGGAAAGCUUGUUUGUGCUUAGAUAUAAAAGACAUGAAAAUCAGCUCAUCAUAUUUGUGGAUGACACAAACCAGCGAUGGGUGACAACAUCUUGCCUCCUUGAUUAUGAUACAGCAGCUGUAGCAGACAAGUUUGGCAACAUUGCAGUGAUAAGGUUAGGUGGAGAUACCAAUGAUGAUGUUGAUGAAGAUCCCACAGGAAACAAGGCACUCUGGGACCGUGGUCUUCUGAAUGGUGCCUCACAAAAAACGGAAGUUAUUGCCAACUUCCAUGUAGGAGAAACUGUUAAUACACUUGAGAAAGCAACUUUAAUCCCUGGAGGCAGUGAGUCUCUUGUAUAUACUACCUUGAGUGGCACUGUUGGAGUUCUGGUACCAUUUACAUCAAGAGAAGACCAUGAGCUAUUCCAAAACUUGGAGAUGCACAUGCGGUCAGAGCAUCCACCACUCUGUGGACGAGACCACCUCUCCUUCAGGUCUUACUUUUUCCCUGUAAAGAAUGUCAUUGAUGGAGACUUGUGUGAGCAGUUUAACAUGGUAGAUCCAGGUAAACAGCGCAGUAUUUCUGAAGACUUGGAUAAAACUCCUAAUGAACUUUCAAAGAGAUUAGAAGACAUUAGAACUCGCUAUGCAUUCUAAGCAAGGUGUAAUAUGUUUGUGCAGUAUGUACUGUACACUGACAGCUACUCCAGCAAAAAAAAUUGAAAAUAUGGAAAGCAUAUACCUUGCCCACUGUCUACGAUUUUGGUUAAAGAAUAUAUAAUCUUUCUAUAGAAGAGACUAGAAAAAUACAGACUUGGGUGGGAUGUACCAAUAAAUAUCAGUAAUAAUUAUCAUUAUUGUUAUCAUUAUGACAUUAUUGUGGUUAUUUUUCUUUGAAUGUCUGUACCUUGUUAGCCUUACAAGCCUUUGAUUUAUCAUAUUCCUUUUUUAUUUGUUUUUAUGAUAGGUUUUUUUACAUACUUCAUUGCAACUUUUCUUAAAUUCUGAAAGUGAACAUCACUCUAAAGAAUUGAGACUGUAAGUACAAUAAGGGUAAGCUUGAGAAGUAUAUGUGCUUGUUUGUGGUUAUUCAUAAGCCAAAGGACCCUUUAUGGGUAAAUAUGACCAGCUUCCAGACUGGAUUGCUGGAGACAGAUCAAGAUUUAUUGGAUUUUGGAACAAUUUGUUAACUGUCCAGUUUCCUAAAUGCUGCAAAAUGAAUCAUGUAUGCACAUACAUGUGUAUGUGGGUAUGAGUUUGCCCAAUAGGUGGGGGGGAUAUGCAGUCAUGCAUGGGAUGCCACAUUUCUUAUGAUGCACGUAAUCAUUCAGUGCAUAAGAUUUUUUAUGUAUAUUUUAUUUUGUAUCCAACAAUAUAGAUAUACAGCAAAUACAAUGAAGGAGGCACGCAAUAUACUGAUUGGAAUUACCCAAUAGAUUUCUAGAUUGUAAUAAAUGUAAUGAGAUACAAGAUUUAAAGUAAAAUAUG